GCUCUUCUUUAAAGCGGCUCAGUGAACUAUGGAAGGAGUGCUGCACAAAUGGACCAACUACAUUGUUGGCUGGCAGCCCCGCUGGUUCAUAUUGGACAACGGCAUACUUUCAAGCAUAAAGAUGUCCGUGUGUGAAAUCAAAGUUCACCCUACAGAUAAUAGCAGGAUGGAGCUCAUCAUCCCAGGCGAGCAGCAUUUCUACGUGAAGGCAGUCAACGCUGCGGAGAGACAAAGGUGGUUAGUGGCCCUUGGGAGCUCAAAAGCGUGCCUCACCGAUACGAGAGCAAAAAAAGAAAAAGAGAUAAGUGAGACCAGAGAGUCUCUGAAAAUGAAGAUGUUUGAACUGCGGCUCUACUGUGAUCUACUAAUGCAACAAGUUCACACGAUCCAGGAAUCGGUCCUUCAAGAAACAAAGCACUCGUCACCUAGCAUCGAGAACAUGAAUGAAGCUUCCUCUCUCUUGAGUGCCACAUGUGAGACUUUUAUUACGAUGCUUGAGGAGUGCAUGAAGAUUGCCAAUUCCAAAUUCAAGCCUGAGAUGUUCCAGUUAUCCCACCCUGACCCUGUUGUGCCCCCAGUUUCUCCAUCACCUGUACAGAUGGUUCGGAUGAAACGUUCCAUCAGCCAUCCUGGUGCCUACAGCUUUGAAAGGACCAGCCUCAUGCCAAAGGACUCAACUUCUUCAUUACAGCGCUCCUCUCAGCGACGAACAAGAACAUAUUCAGACACAGAAUCUCACGGUGAUAGCUGCACAGAAGAUGUGGAGAGGAGUAUGCAGGAGUGGAGCCUGCGGCUUAAUUUGACUCACACGGGAAACCUCACCUGGCCCGGAAACGGAGAGGAUUGA